AUGGCGGCGACAGGAGUCUUGCCUUUCGUCCGAGGCAUUGAUUUGACGAAAAAUGACUUUAAGGGAAACAAGUUUCCGGAGUUGAUCGAGGAGAUGACAGGAUUAAGAUGGUUGAAAUUAUCAACAACACAUCUACAGAAGAUGCCACAAGAGUUGGCCAACUUAGAUAAAUUAGAAGAAUUGACAAUAAAGAAUAAUUCUAUCAGUGAUUUAGGAAAGUUUUUACCCAAACUUCCAGCCUUGUCCAAGUUAAAUUGUCGUUAUAAUGAAAUUACUGAUAAAGGUGUUCCAGCAGAAUUAUUUGAUUUGUCUGAACUAUCUGUUGUGGAUUUGAGCCAUAAUCAAUUAACAGAUGUCCCCCCACAAUUAGAAAACGCUAAAUCUGUUUUAGUUUUAAAUCUUAGUCACAACCAAAUUGAGAUGAUACCAAACCAACUAUUUAUUAAUUUAACUGAUUUAGUUUUUGUAGAUCUCAGUAACAACUGUCUAGAAACGUUACCCCCUCAGAUGAGACGUUUAACUGAUUUAAGAACGUUGAUUUUAAAUAAUAAUCCUCUUGUUCAUGCCCAGUUACGACAAAUACCAGCAUUAAGUGCGUUACAGACAUUACAUAUGAGAAAUACUCAGAGAUCAAUUUCUAAUAUUCCAAUAGGACUCGAGGCUUUAACUAAUUUACAAGACGUUGAUUUUAGUGGUAAUAAUUCUGAACUCGUUUUUUCAGACGUUGAUUUUAGUGAUGUUGAUUUUAGUGGUAAUGAUUCUGGAUGA